AUGCCUCGGCUACGACUACCACCGCUACCGCCGGCCGUUGAAUGGGGCAACACGGUUUGGAUGAAGAGCCCUCGCGGCGAAGGUGCCGGCUCGCGCGAGAGCGGCAAGCGCGUGACCCUCGCCAACAAAGGUCUCGCCAACGAUUUCGUCCGCGAGCUCGGAAUACGGAAGAACGAGGUUGUCAUUGAUGCCUACUGCGGACCAGGACAAACAACACGAGCGCUUCUUGCCGGAGGAAACGACGAGACGACCUCCGCCGACUGGAAGCGCACCGUCGAGGAGCAGAAGGAGAAGGGUCUGCCUGUCGGCCCGGUCGCUUCCGAGAUUAAGCGGAGACGAGGAACAGCCAUGGACUUCAACUUUCCCCCGUGGGAUGUAUCCGAGACCGACGACAUUGUGCGGCCAGUCGUGAAGUCGAAGGGACGACCGCCAAAGGCGAAGGCGAACGAAGACGGCGAGGUCGCUGCGCCGCCCGCCAAGCCUGCCUCGGUCACCACCCCGAAGUUCGUGGUUGCCAACGACCCAAAGGUCUCAGCGCUCUGGCGAGGGUUUGGCUUUAACCCGGAUCUGCUCCCCCCAAGCAGGUGGGAGAUGGACGAUGUUCCCGAGCCUGGGGCCGAGCCCCCGACUGGCCUGAGGCAUCUGAAGCGGACAGUCUACCCCUCACAUCUGCAGGAGAACCUCGGCAUUUCUCCCGUCACAAUCUAUCACUGGCCCACGGCGGCGUCGAUUCUGUCGGACCCUCUCGUCGCUCAGCACCUGGAGGUAUACGAUGAGUCAAAGGGUCCUCUGGAGGGCACGAAGCGACCGUGGGACGCUCCCGCUCCGCCCAUCACCCUCGUCGCUACGAUUCCGGACGCCGUCUUCGGUGACCAGCUCGUUAACCAGUGGAUUCUGAGUGCGACCUCAAGCAACGCCGAGGGCAAGCGCGGAUGGAUCUGGGAGUGGGGACGUGUUCGACUCGCUCUCCUCCGCAUCAUGGCUCCCCUCGGCGGCACCAACUACUGCAAGCUGUCCGUCCUGACCAACGCCCUUUUCGACGUCCGUGCUCUCCCUCCGCUCCACCACAUCCGCGACCCUGCCGACGCCUCCGAGCGCGUCAAGGACAAGAACGCCCUGCGCAAGGGCAAGCUGAAGGAGGUGGCCGGCGAGGAGAAGGAGUUCACGAAGCGGCGGACAAUUGCUCGCUGGUGGCUCGGCGGCACGACGACGGGCAGGGUGACGCCGACAUUUGCGGGCGACUUCUACCCCAUUCGGGAGGCGCUGACCUCGGGCGGUCGCAGCAGCCCGCCCGACACGCGCCUCCUGCGCCCGCACCUGCUCGGCAUCGAGCUCAUCCCCAAGGCGCACCCCGUCGUGACUGCUGCGCAGCGCGAGAGCUGGGACUACAUCCUGCGCAAGAUGUUUGUCCGCUCGACGGUGCCGCUCGAGGAGGCGCUGCCCGCUCUCGCUUUCGGCGCGGACAACCUCAUCGACAAGAUCAUGACGCCCAACAAUGGGUACAAGGGCGAGCCCGUCAUGCCUGACGAGAUCAUCCGCAACAUCUCGACGGACCAGUGGGCGCGCAUCGUCGACGUCUUCGACAAGUGGGCGUUCAAGCCGGAGAAUCUCGUCACGGACGGCAUCGACCUUGACCUGGAGGAGUCGCGCGAGAUCGGCCUCACGUAG